UCUGAGACAUUUUGAGAAUUAAUGGUGUGUGUAACCCUGUUUGAAAAUGCAAAAAAAUAGCAAAAAUUAGAAGAUUUGAUCAAAUCAUUUGGUUUAAUAGUUAACUUCACUGCUCAAAAAAGAGUAACACUAUUAGGAUUAGACCAUCUAUUUUAGAAUAAGAAAGUAUUACAGCAUGAGACAGAAGUACUAAGACCGUAUGUCGUAGACAAAAAAAGACAGAGAUUAGGGGAAGUCUGACCAGAGUGCUCUGCUUCUUCCUGCCUAAAGAUCAGCUCAGGAAGUCCUGGCCGAAAACAGAGGGGAGGGCUGAGACAGAGAAACAUUUUUUCCCUUUGCGUUUUAGUUUUUCCUUAGACAGUCCUGCUCCAAUAAACAGGACGAAGAAAAAGGGGGGCCGAGAGGAGGCGGGGUUUCCGAUGGAGUUGAGAGAGUGACAGAGAGCAGUUGAACACUCAAUCUCUGGAAAUAUGAUGGAAGCCAGCGUUUCCCAGGACACUGGCCAUACAAGCCCUCUGACAGGAGCAGACAAUACUCCAUCCAUCCCCUCAUCUUCUCCCCUCUCUCCACCUUCCCUGCUGUCGCACCUUCCAGCCCGCCCAUGUCGACCCAAACCACUUCCUCCUACAGUAAGGUCCCAGCUCCCCUCUCGACCUCCUCUACCUCCAUCCACUCCUCCAUCCCUCCCUCCUCCUCUCCCUCCUGUCUGUAAACCUCCUCCCCCUGUCUCUUCCAACCCUCCUCCUCUCUCUGUUCCUCCCCCUCUCUCCUCCAACCAAACUCCCCCAUCUCUCCCACCUCCUCUCUCCCCUACUCCAGUCUCUCCUUCUCCCCUGCUUUCUCUCCAGUCAACUGUCUCCUUUGAUCUUACUCCCUCUUUUACUCCUUGUCCUCCUCCUCUUCCAUUAUCUCCUACAGUCUCAUCCUCCUCCUCCUCACCCCCCCUCCCAUCUUCCCCUGUCAUCCCACCAUUAUCUCCAAGUCCUCCAUUGCUGAGUCUUAUAGAUCGCCUGGUUGGGAGCACCUCGGUAUGGCAGCCUAAAGGACUCAGCCAAGACCAAACUACUAGUAUAAUAGAGAAAGAGUUGGCUGGGGCCUUCCUGGUUCACAGCACAGAGGACAAGGGCAUAAUGCUUUCAGUACGCCUACCUGAUGAACAGGGGGCACCGCUCGUACACAGUCUGAUGGUCAAACAACACAAGACAUUUGUCAACUUAGAUGGUUCCUCUCUGGUUUUUGAUGACAUCUUCAAACUGAUCUCCUUCUACUGUGCCAGCAGGGACAUCCUGACUGUCCCACUGAGGUUACCAUGGGCCAUUACCACGGCAAAUAAGAGAGAGGAGUUGGACGUCAUCUCUUCUAUGGGUGCAGAUUUCUGGACAUCCGAUCUGAACCAGCAGGCAAAGAACCAGGACCUGGUUUUGGAUCAGAACCACAACAGUCUGUAUUUGUAUGUCAACCCAGUGACUGUAGAAAACAGCCCCAACACAGACCUGAACCAGUUGUCUAUCUCCAAACUUGAUAUUGUCACCAAUCAAAACAUCACCGCUUCCCUGCAGAAUGGAGACACCCCGCAGAAGGUUAGCCCAGAGGACAAAGAUCAGACUAAGACCACACCCAACCAGGAGAUUAAAUACAAGCGCCCCCCACCCCGACGACCCCCCAGCCUAGGUUCAGGUUCUGGGAUGGGCCUCCUCUUCUCCUCUCCCCCUUCGCUUCACACAUCAUCUGUGACUCCAGCAGCUGUGAGAAAAGAGGAAGGAAGGAGAGGAAGAGGGAAGGGAGAAGAGAGGAAGUCAAUGUUAACAUCACCUUCUCCGUUGAGGCCUCCUGUCUCCCUGCAGAUCCGAGCCACUCCCCCUCUGCCUCCUGCUCCUCUUCGUCGCACCUCCUCCAGGAAAAGCACUGACCGAGAAGUAGGAGAGGAGACGGAUCAAAAGAAAGGACAAAUUCCAGCAAAGAAAACUGAGAAAAAGGGGGGAGGAGAUAGAGGAGAGGAGAAAACAGGAAGUAAAUCAGGUCUGCUGGGCGGGGAGCUUGAACAAGAGAACAGCAUCCAAAAUCAGGAGGAGGUUAAAAAGGACAGAGAAAAGAGAGAGAAAGAGGAUGAAAAUGAGGAAAAAGAGGUGAAAAUGGAUAAAGAGGAGGACAAACAAAAAUCCAGUUCCCAGUGUCUGUCAUUUGUGAAGAAACCAUCCCGUCCAGUCCCUCCACCGAGGAGGAAACCAUGUUCCCCAUACACACCUGUGUGCCCCAACCAGGCUGGGACAGGAUCAGCAAGUCAGAGUGCUGGGAUGAGAGUCCCUCCUUCCUCGCCAGCGCGGCAGACAGAUGUGUCGCUGUACUCGCCACAAGGGGAUGCUGCGCUGGUAACCGACCCUGACUCCUGCUCUACCAGCAGCACAGAAGAAGAAGGAGAGCUGAACCAGGAACAGGAGCAAAAUCACAAUCGCCCUGCAAAGAGCCGUAGUCCCAAGGCAGCAGUGAGGAGAACCUCCACCACCGUUAUGUUGGACCGAGCCCGCUACCGCCUGUCCACCGUCCUCACUGGCCUCAUCAGCCACGAUCGCCGCCUCUCACAGCGCAUAGUAGAGCUGGCCAGAGACCCUCUGAGCUACUUUGGUAACCUGCUAAAGGAGCACCGGGAUUUCACCUUGGAGACCAUGUCAAACCACUCCUCCUCCACUGAGCUGUUACAAGAGAUCAGACAGAUGAUGACUCAACUGAAGAGUUACCUACUGCAGAGUGCAGAACUGCAAGCCAUGCUGGAACCACAACAUCAGUAUGUACAAGACAAACUAGAGAGCAUAGUAGAAGCUGCUCUGUGUAAGAGUGUACUGAAGCCACUAAGGGAGCAAAUUUACCAGACUCUGGAGAAACUGCACACCAACGACAGCAGCCUGAAACAACUGACACAGAACCAGUCUGUUGUCCUAGGAAGCACCACCACAGCAUUAGGAGUAACCACUGCUGUCCCUGAGGCCUCUGCUAUGGAGAAGAUAAGUAUCAAACUGAACAACCUCCAUCUGGAAUAUUCUCCUCAAAAAAAGAUUGAGCAUCUGUUGAAGGCCUGCAAGAUCAUCUAUGACUCCAUGUCUAUCAGCUGUCCAGGGCGAGCCCAUGGCGCUGAUGACUUCCUGCCUGUAAUGAUGUACGUACUGGCUAGAUCCAAUCUGUCCUCCUUGCAGCUGGAUGUUGAAUAUAUGAUGGAGUUGAUGGACCCAUCACUAACAAUGGGAGAAGGUUCCUAUUAUCUGACCACCACCUAUGGGGCUCUGGAGCACAUUAAGGCUUUUGACCAGCAGAGGUCAGCAACAAGGCAGCUUAGCAGAGAGGUUCAGGACUCCAUCCACCGCUGGGAGAGACGACGCACACUCAACCAGGAGCGCAUGGUCCAAGGAUCAGUUCGGGACUUUCUGACAGUGUGUUGUCCUGAGAUUGGAAGCAACCCAAAAACUCUGGGUGUCCUCCCCACCACAACAAUUGAACAACUGGCUAAGCAGUGUGCUGCACGCUUUGAAAAAGACUCCUACACACUCAGUGUGUGCAUGGAUGGUGUUCAGAAGUCUCUGCCCUCUACAGAGCUGGCCCUCAGUGUUAAGAACAGCUGCCAACCUGGAGCCUACUGCUUUGUCUAUCACCCUAUCGACCAACCCAAUAAUGAGCCUGGCUGCAGCUUUCCCAGUGACCCACCCCCAGCUCCACCUGCAGAAAGCUUCUUCCCAGCUGACAUAGCAGGUGUCGAUACUGUGGAGCCAGAAGUGGAAGAGGAAAGUCUGAUUAGCUUGUAACUGCUCCAGCAUCACAGUGGCAGCUGCUGUUUCACAAUAGAAUGUGAUGAAACAUGUAUGGUAUGACUCCCUUCUUUUGAAUUAAGUCUCUGACUGGUCAGAUGCCACAUGCUACAUGCAUCACCAAACAGAACAGUGGUGGUCAGCUAAAAUGAGACAACAAAGCGAUAAGACUAAUUUUGUAUCUCAAGAAGAGGUCUAGGACUGCAGGUGGAUGUGGUUUAUAGAAUGUAAAAAUGCAUGUAAUUCUAAAAUGCACAUAUAUGAUCAUGUUUAUAUUGUUUAUACUCUGAUAAUUGAUGCUACUCUAUCUGAUGCACAAGGCUUCUACUUCAAACAAGUGUAGACUGUAAAUUCCUGAUUACUGGGUUCAGGAUUAUAUUAACAGGAUCUGUAAUUGAUCUGUCAUUUAUAUUAAGAAAAGUCCACAGCAUUUAUAUCAAUGUUACUUUGAAAAAUGUGAAAAAUAGCUGAAAAAACAUAUUUUAAGGGGGGGAAAGGUAUGUCUCUCUUUUUUUUUUGUUUUAAAUUUAAAGCACAGAUAUAUUAGCAGCAAUAUGGACCAAAACAUUCAUUUUUAUUCCAAAAUUGCCAGUAAAGAUCAAGAAGUUUCAUUCCACAUUGGUGUUCUAUAUACUGAUACUGACUG